UAAACUAUUUAUAGCUUUCUCUCCUGAAGCUCGAAGAAGAAGAGCCGAUUUCUUUGAAUCCUUACACUAUGAAGAAGCUCAUCUUCCCUUUUAUCCUCUGCUUCUCUCUCUAUCUAUCCUCGUUUUUCCGCCUUACGAUUGCCAGAGGCGGCGAACCGAGCCCUAAUCGUUCAGGUUUCGUCGAAAAUAGUUCUGUGGGUUCAUUAAGGCAAUUGUUGGAAGAAGACCACUUUCGGAAACUUGAAAAGUUAGCUCGUGGUUACAUGUCUAAUUCUGAAGUCGAGAAGGCUAUCAAGGCAUUUGUUGAUAGAUGUAGUCACAUAUCCAGGAUUUACAGGUAAUUUCAUUACAUAAAGAGUUUUGCAUGUUAGCCACUGGAAUGGAAUUUAAUUGCAAUGUACUAAAGAAGUAGAUAGAGGAACUAAUCUGCAGUUCUUUGAGCUGUCAUUCAUGUGGGAUCAAUACAUUAAUUGAUGUAUUGUGUUGUUUAAAGGCAUGUAACUAUGAUUAUUCUGACUCAUUCAUUUUCUCUCUUUGAGGGAUUUUUGGAAUUUUCAAUCAGUAUUGGAAAGAGUGUUCUAGGAUUUCCACUGUGGGUGAUGGAAAUUUCUGACAAGCCUGGGGAGGAGGAGGCUGAACCUGCUUUUAAGUUCAUUGGAAAUGUGCAUGGGGAUGAACCGGUAGGCCGUGAGCUUUUGUUACUCCUAGCAAAUUGGCUAUGCAAUAAUUAUAUGAAGGAUCCAUUGGCAACCUUGAUUAUAGAUAAGGUUCACCUUCAUAUACUUCCAUCAAUGAAUCCUGAUGGGUUUUCAUUACGAAGGCGUGGUAAUGCGAACAACAUUGAUUUAAAUCGGGACUUUCCGGACCAGUUCUUUCCUAUGAAUGAUGAUCUGGGCACGAGACAACCUGAAACAAAAGCAAUUAUAAGUUGGUUAAGAGAGAUUCGAUUCACAGCAUCUGCCAGCCUGCAUGGGGGAGCACUUGUUGCCAAUUAUCCAUGGGAUGGAACGGAGAAUAAACAGAAAAAUUACUAUGCAUGUCCUGAUGAUGAAACAUUCAGAUUCAUGGCUAGUUUAUACAGCCGCUCUCACUAUAACAUGUCUCUGAGCAAGGAAUUUCGAGGAGGAAUUACCAAUGGAGCAUUUUGGUACCCAGUAUAUGGCGGCAUGCAAGAUUGGAACUACAUACAUGGUAGCUGUUUUGAAUUGACCUUGGAGAUCAGUGACAACAAAUGGCCUGCUGCUAAUGAGCUUCCUACUUUAUGGGAGUUCAACAAAAUGAGUAUGCUAAAUCUUGUUGCAAGUCUGGUGAAGACAGGAAUACAUGGAAGGAUAUUUUCAUCAGAUUGUGGAGGGCCUUUGCCUGCCUCUAUUGCAAUCAAGGGAAUAAAUUACUCCAUUAAAGCUAGCCAAACAUUUGCUGAUUAUCAUCGCUUGCUAGCUCCCGGAGAGAGAUACGAAGUGAUAGCGACUAUGCCUGGAUACAAGUCAAAGAGGACAUCCAUUACACUGGGAGAUGAAACCAUGACGGUGGAUUUUGUUCUUGAUCCAGAAAACGCUCUCAAGGGUAGCCUUUUACGACAUGGCUGUGAUUGUGGCUCUGAUAACAAGAGCAGGCGCACAUUCAUCGAGUUUUUGCCGGGGCCCUACUUGGAGGUUUCUGCAAUUUUGAUUCUAAUUUUGGCAUUCCUUUGCUUUGUAUUGAAGAGGAGAGCUAUAUAUAACCAUUUGAAACAGAGACAGUUCGUAGGACCGAAGCGGUCCGUCGUGGUCUGAUGUUCUUUACGUGCACCAUUUACAAGCGCUAACUGUAUUGUAUAUUUGUAGAUGAUUUCCUCUCCUUUUUGGUAUCGGAUUUCAGUUUAGAGUGAUUACAUUUACAAGCUUAGAGUGAUUACAUUUUCCAAUCUUUUGGAUUCCCAUAAAUUGUAUCCCUCAGUAUAGGAAAAAAAAUGUUUGAUGUUACGGUACGGCAUUACAUUCACCUGGUGUUACUAUCCAAUUAAAAUGUAACAGGUAAGCAAGUGAAUUUUACGUAAUGUAGUAACUGCUCUUUACAG